AUGCAUCAUCUGUUUGGGCUGGUUUUGGCACAAAAGGACCUUUCACGUGCAGGGGAUCUUUUCUCCUUAGAGGAUGCUGAAAUCGAAGGAUGCCUCUCAGAAGCUCUUGAACAAAUAAGAAUAAUUAGUUCAUCUGUGGACUACCAGACCAAUGACAAUGACCAGGCUGUGGUGGAAAUCUGCAUCACUCGCAUCACCACUGCCAUCAGAGAGACAGCGUCCAUAGAAAAGCACGGGAAAGCCCUCGUGGCUCUCUGGGAGUCAUGUCUAGAACACAACCUGAAGCCUUCUGGAAAAGAUGAGGACACACCACAUGCAAAAAUUGCAUCCGAUAUCAUGAGCUGUAUCUUGCAGAAUUACAAUCGACCUCCAGUAAUGGCCUUAGCUGUCCCAGUGGCAGUGAAAUUUCUUCAGAGGGGCAAUAAAGAACUGUGCAGAAACAUGUCAAGUUAUCUAUCCUUGGCUGCAAUCGCGAAAGCAGAUCUGCUGGCUGAUCACACAGACACCAUUAUCAAAAGCGUCCUUCAAGGGAACUCGAUGCUGCUGCGUGUCCUGCCUGCUCUGUACGAGAAGCAACCGCAGCUGAUAAACCUCCAUCUGAGGGAGCUGGUGGCACUGAUGGCUCAGCUGGAUCAAGCCGAACAACACCACCUCCUCAGGCUCCUGCAGAUCGUGGCGAGGAAAAAAGAACUUGGGGCCCUGAAAGAAUUUGGGCAGUUGAGAGACCCUAACCAUAGUGACAUUAUCCUAAAUAUACUUAUAGAAGUAUCUGGCUAUGAACCAACAGCCUUAGCCACUUUUCUUCCGAUGCUGAAAGAAAUUGGUGAGAGUUUUCCAAGUUUGAUUGGGCAAACAGCAAAGAUCUUUGGAGCUGUUGGACAUAUCGAUGAGGAGCGAGCCAGAAUAUGCCUGAUAUAUUUGGUGAACCAGCUGGCCAACAUGGAGCACUCAUUUCACCAUAUUCUUUUGCUGGAAAUUAAGAGUCUCACUGACACCUUCUCGAGCAUCUUGGGCACCCAGAGCAGAGAUAUCUACCGCAUGAGCAACAGUUUCACCGCUAUAGCCAAGCUCCUUGUCCGACAGCUGGAGAAUGACAAUGUGUCCGGAGCCAGGAUGGAAAAUGAUACUGAAACAGAAUCUCCUGUACCACUGGAUGAUUUAAAAUCUGUUAUGAAUGGAAAUGAAGAAGAUGAAAAACUUCAAGUUAAAAUACAGGCUUUUGAAGAGAAAAUAAAUGUUGACAACAGUACUCCUGGCUCAGUGCGGAGAUACAGUUUAGGCCAGGUUUCUAAAGAAGAAAGGAAGGAUAUGAGAUUUAACAGGUCUAAAAGCCUCGCUUUGCAUGCAGUCCGCAUGAAGGGGGUAAACUCAGAGAGUGGACAGGAUGAGGAGAACGGGGAGAUAACUGCCGGUAUCUCCUUGACUGAAAUCUACGUUAGCCAAGAAAAUGACAAAUUGCCUUUUAGCGUUGAGACUGAAGCAACGCAACUGGGAAAUUCUUUGGUUUCACACCAAAGCAUCGAUUACAUGGAAUCAGGAAAUUUGCCAGGGUCUGCUAAAGAAAAGGCCAACAAAGGAAGCACAGAGGCUGUGACGAGCCCUGUGGAAUACCAGGACAAGCUCUACUUGCACUUGAAGGAAAACCUGGGUAAAGUGAAAGCAUAUGUCAUGGAGAUGGGGAGGAAAAUUCCCAUUCCCGAUCAGUGUGUAAUUGAAGGUAAGAGGUUUGAGCCUUUCCGAUUACGAGAACUUUAA